AUGGCUGCGAACGGAGGAGGGUGCAGAGGCUUCUACUUCAACACCGUGCUGUCUCUGGCCCGGUCGCUGGCGGCUCACCAGCAGGCGCCGUUAGACAAGGUGCAGAAGCUGCACUGCAUGUGCCCUGUGGACUUCAGAGGGGUCUUCCAGCUGGAUGAGAGGAGGAGGGAUGCUGUGAUUGCUCUUGGUAUCUUUCUGGUGGAGUCAAACCUGCAGCACAAAGAUGUUAUCGUCCCCUACCUUCUUGGGCUGCUUAAAGGGCUUCCUAAAGUUCAGUGGAUUGAGGAGAGCUCAGAACGCAAAGGACGCGAUGCCCUUCCAGUCGCAGAAAACUUCAGCUUUUGUCUUGUAACCGUGCUGUCAGAUGUUGCCCAAAGAGAUGAGAACCUACGAGGACAGAUCCUGGAGGCACUCAUGGACAUCAUGCUGGUUCUUCAAGACAUCUGCAAAAAUCCAGAUGAUCAUGACAAAGAAUAUCUGUGCAGGUACACUGUACCCAGCCUGCUCGGCGUUGCCAGAGCGUUUGGCCGAUACAGUAACACUGACGAGCCGCUGCUGUCCAAGCUGUUCCCUCGAUCUGCUGCUCCUUUGCUCUCUGCGGGUGACAGCGGCGAUGUUGCCCGACGACGCUCUUUCAACGAUUUCCGCUCAAUUUUACCGAGCUCUCUGCUCACAGUGUGUCAGGGAGACUCUCUGAAACGUAAAGGCUCCUCCGUGUCCAGUGUUUCACAACAGGCAAGUCCGGAGAGGACAGGGCUGACACCCAGCUCUCCUGCCGAUCCCUCUGCGCAGUACUUUGAAGGUUCUUACCUCCCUGAUGGUAGCGCAGUGGACCCCGAUUAUUACUUCUCCACCAUCAGCUCCAGCUUCUCUGUCUCUCCUCUUUUCACUGGGAGCAGCUCCGGAGAGUUCCAGGUCCCUCUGGAGAUGCUCAGACAGCUCCUGCACAUGGUUGAGCAAUUUGUUGCGGAGUCGUUUUUGAAGUCACUGGAUGGCACCUUAGCAGAACUUCAAGAGAGCAAUCCAGGAAUUUAUUUUUACUACAAAACUUUCAGUGAUCCAUUGUAUGUGGCCAUUUUCAAAAUGCUGAGAGACACUCUGUACAAUCUGAAAGACCUUCAGACUGACUAUGUUAAGGAAGUUCACGACUUCGUGCUGGAGCAGUUCAGCAGCAGCCAAUCAGAGCUGCAGAGGAUUCUCCAUGAUGUGGAGUACCUCCAGAGUGAACUGAGCCCACUCAAACUGCGCUGCCAGGCCAACGCUGCCUGUGUCGACCUCAUGGUUUGGGCGGUAACAGAGGAGCAGGGAGCUGAGAACCUUUGCACCAAACUGUCAGAGAAGCUGCAGUCGAAGACAUCUAGCAAAGUUAUCAUCGCCCACAUGCCCCUCCUCAUUUGCUGCUUACAGGGUUUGGGUCGUCUGUGUGAGCGCUUCCCUGUCGUGGCCCACUCUGUCACCACGUCUCUCAGAGACUUCUUGGUGGUACCAUCCCCUGUUUUGGUGAAGCUCUACAAAUAUCACUGCCAGUACACCCCAGGGGGGAGUGAAAUCAAGAUCCACGUGACCAACGAACAUUCUCAAUCAACCAUCAACACCAAUGCAAACAAGAAGAGCAACCCCUCCAUGUAUGAACAGCUGCGGGACAUCUCCAUCGAUAACAUAUGCAGGUGCCUGAAAGCUGGCCUUACCAUGGACAGCGUCAUUGUUGAAGCUUUCCUCGCCAGUCUGUCCAACCGCCUCUACAUCUACCAGGAAAAUGACAAAGAUGCUCACCUGAUUCCGGACCACACCAUCAGAGCUUUGGGCCACAUCGCCGUGGCCUUACGGGACACGCCUAGAGUGAUGGAGCCCAUCCUGCAGAUCCUGCAGCAGAAGUUCUGCCAGCCUCCCUCUCAGCUGGACGUCCUCAUCGUAGACCAGCUGGGCUGCAUGGUGAUCACAGGAAAUCAAUACAUCUACCAGGAAGUGUGGAACUUGUUCCAGCAGAUCAGUGUCAAAGCCAGUUCCAUGGUUUACUCCACCAAAGACUACAAAGACCACGGUUACAGACACUGUUCCCUGGCUGUUAUAAAUGCUCUGGGUAACAUAGCAGCCAACAUGCAGGCCGAGCAGAUGGUGGAUGAGCUCCUUGUCAACCUCCUAGAGCUUUUUGUGCAGCUGGGCUUAGAGGGCAAGAGAGCCAGUGAGAGAGCCUCAGACAAAGGCCCAGCCCUGAAGGCAUCUAGCAGUGCUGGGAAUCUCGGUGUUCUCAUCCCAGUUAUUGCUGUUCUGACUAAGAGGUUGCCACCAAUAAAGGAAGCAAAGCCGCGGCUGCAGAAGUUGUUCAGAGACUUCUGGCUCUACUCUGUUGUCAUGGGAUUUGCAGUGGAGGGCUCAGGUCUGUGGCCAGAGGAGUGGUACGAAGGAGUUUGCGAGAUUGCGACCAAAUCGCCGCUGCUGACGUUUCCCAGUGGAGAACCUUUACGCUCCGAGCUGCAGUAUAACUCUGCGCUGAAGAACGACACAGUCACUCCAGCAGAGCUGAACGACCUGCGCAGCACCAUCAUCAACCUGCUGGACCCUCCUCCAGAGGUGGCUGCUCUCAUCAACAAGCUGGACUUCGCCAUGUCCACGUACCUGCUGUCUGUUUAUAGGCUGGAGUACAUGAGGAUGCUGUACUCUCUGGACUCCGAGCGCUUUCAGGUCAUGUUUCGCUACUUUGAAGACCGAGCGAUACAGAAGGAUAAAUCUGGUAUGAUGCAGUGUGUGAUUGCUGUGAGCGAUAAGGUGUUUGAGGUUUUCCUUCAAAUGAUGGCUGAAAAACCAAAGACCAAAGCUCAUGAGGAGGAGCUGGAACGCCACGCUCAGUUUCUCCUGGUCAACUUCAACCACAUCCACAAGCGGAUCCGCAGAGUGGCCGACAAAUACCUGUCUGGUCUGGCUGAAACCUUCCCCCACCUGCUGUGGAGCGGCCGGGUGCUGAAGACCAUGCUGGACAUCUUGCAGACGCUCUCCCUGUCCCUCAGUGCAGACAUUCAUAAAGACCAGCCCUAUUAUGACAUCCCAGAUACCCCCUACAGAAUCACUGCCCCAGAUACAUGUGAAGCCAGAGAGAGCAUCGUGAAAGAUUUUGCUGCGCGGUGUGGAGAAAUCCUUAAAGAGGCGAUGAAGUGGGCUCCCUCUGUGACUAAAUCCCACCUGCAGGAGUACCUUAACAAACAUCAGAACUGGGUCUCGGGUCUCUCCCAGCACACGGGUCUGGCCAUGGCAACAGAAAGCAUCUUGCACUUUGCUGGCUACAACAGACAGAGUACCACUCUGGGGUCCACCCAGCUGACUGAGAGGCCAUCCUGUGUGAAGAAGGAUUACUCCAACUUCAUGGCAUCCCUGAACCUCCGCAACCGAUAUGCUGGAGAGGUUGCAGGUAUGAUCCACUUUGCCCAGGCAGUCAGGGGACAGUCGGACCUGACCCGGCUGAUGAUCAAACAGAUGGGAGAGGCUUUAGACUCUGCUCAGCCUGAGGCCUUCACCGAGGCCAUGUUCAAACUGGCCGCCUUGCUCAUCAGCAGCACGGACUGCGAUCCUCAGCUCCUGCACCACCUCUGCUGGUCGCCCCUCAAGAUGUUUACAGAGCACGGCAUGGAAACCGCCAUCGCGUGCUGGGAGUGGCUGCUGGCAGCGCGUACAGGAGUGGAAGUGCCGUUCAUGCGGGAGAUGGCGGGAGCGUGGCAGAUGACGGUGGAGCUGAAGAUGGGCCUGUUCUCUGAUGCCCAGGUGGAGGCUGAUCCUCUUGCUGCGUCAGAGGAAAGUCAGCCUGUCCCCUGUCCUCCAGACGUCACCCCUCACCACAUCUGGAUCGAGUUUCUUGUCCAGAGGUUUGAAAUAGCCAAGUACUCCAGCGCUGAUCAGGUGGAGAUCUUUGGCAGUUUGCUCCAGCGCUCCCUGUCCUUGGAUGUCGGUGGAAGUAAGAGUGGCGGCCUCAACCGCCACGUAGCUGCCAUUGGGUCACGUUUCAGGUUGCUGACUUUAGGUCUGGCUCUGCUGCACUCUGACGUUGUCACCAAUUCAACCGUGAGAAACGUCCUCCGAGAGAAGAUCUAUUCUACAGCCUUCGAUUACUUCAGCGUAUCUCCGAAGUUUCCCACCCAGGCUGAGAAGCGUCUCCGCGAGGACAUCAGCAUCAUGAUCCGCUUCUAUGCCAGCAUCCUGUCAGACAAGAAGUACCUGGCCGCGUGCCAGCUGGUCCCACCUGGUGAGCUUGGUACUACCUCAACCCCGAGCACUCUCUCUGCUGGGAUAUUCGGAUCGCUUAUCGUGUCCAGCACUUCUCCGAUAUCUAUCUUAAAUAAUCAGGACCCCUCCUUGAACAGUCUGUCGGUGAUGAACGCCGCCGACAUGCGGAGCAACGUGGAUUCCAGCACGCGGUCCCAGCAGAGCGGCCAGGGAUGGAUCAACACCUACCCUCUGUCCAGUGGGAUGUCAACCACGUCUAAGAAGUCAGGCACGUCUAAAAAGAGCAACAGAGGAACGCAGCUUCACAAGUACUAUAUGAAACGGCGGACCCUGCUGCUGGCGUUGCUGGCCAGUGAGAUCGAGCGCCUGACCACAUGGUACAACCCCCUCUCCACUCAGGAGCUGGCCAUCGCCACUGAGCAGUCGGUGGAGACCAGCAUCGCUAACUGGAGGUCCAAGUACAUCAGUUUGACAGAGAAACAGUGGAAGGACAACGUCAAUCUGGCCUGGAGCAUUGCACCCUACCUAGCUAUGCAACUACCUACAAGGUUUAAAAAUGAUGCCAUUGUGGCCGAAGUGACCAGACUGGUGAGACUGGACCCCGGAGCAGUCAGCGACGUCCCCGAAGCCGUGAAGUUCUUGGUGACGUGGCACACUAUCGACGCCGAUUCUCCUGAGCUGAGUCACAUCUUGUGCUGGGCUCCAGCUGACCCGCCCACCGGGCUGUCCUACUUCAGCAGCAUGUACCCUCCUCAUCCUCUCACUGCGCAGUAUGGCGUUAAAGUGCUGCGCUCCUUUCCUCCAGACGCCAUCUUGUUCUACAUUCCUCAGAUCGUGCAAGCCCUUCGUUACGACAAGAUGGGCUACGUGAGGGAGUACAUCCUGUGGGCAGCACAGAAGUCUCAGCUUCUCGCUCAUCAGUUCAUCUGGAACAUGAAGACCAACAUCUUCAUGGACGAGGAGGGACACCAGAAAGACCCUGACAUCGGGGAGCUGCUGGAGCAGAUGGUGGAGGAGAUCAUGGGUUCUCUGUCCGGCCCUGCCAAAGAUUUCUACCAAAGAGAGUUUGACUUCUUUAAUAAGAUCACCAACGUGUCUGCCAUCAUCAAGCCCGUUCCGAAGGGCGAGGAGAGGAAACGAGCUUGUCUCAAAGCCUUGUCGGACAUCAAAGUGCAGCCAGGCUGUUACCUACCCAGUAAUCCAGAAGCCAUUGUGUUGGACAUUGACUACAAGUCUGGAACCCCCAUGCAGAGUGCUGCCAAGGCGCCCUAUCUGGCCAAAUUUAAGGUCAAGCGCUGUGGCGUGAGUGAGCUGGAGAGGGAGGGUCUUCGCUGUCCCUCAGACUCUGUGGAGGAUGGAGAGGACAAUCCAGACGGAUCAGGCCGGGUUUGCUGGCAGGCGGCCAUCUUUAAAGUGGGAGACGACUGCAGACAGGACAUGCUUGCGCUACAGAUUAUUGGGCUGUUUAAGAACAUCUUUCAGCUGGUGGGUCUGGAUCUGUUCGUCUUUCCGUACAGAGUGGUGGCCACGGCGCCAGGGUGUGGCGUCAUUGAGUGCAUCCCGGACUGCAAAUCCAGAGACCAGCUCGGUCGUCAGACAGACUUUGGGAUGUACGAUUAUUUCCGUAACCAGUACGGUGAUGAAUCCACCCUGGCCUUCCAGAAGGCGCGGUACAACUUCAUCCGCAGCAUGGCCGCCUACAGCCUGCUGCUGUUCCUGCUGCAGAUCAAAGACAGGCACAAUGGCAACAUCAUGCUGGACAGCAAGGGUCACCUGAUCCACAUAGAUUUCGGCUUCAUGUUCGAGAGCUCCCCAGGCGGCAACCUGGGCUGGGAGCCGGACAUCAAGCUGACCGAUGAGAUGGUGAUGAUCAUGGGGGGCAAAAUGGAGGCUACCCCUUUUAAAUGGUUCAUGGAGAUGUGUGUGAGAGGAUAUCUGGCCGUGCGACCUUACAUGGAUGCAGUGGUUUCCCUGGUUACGCUCAUGCUGGACACGGGACUGCCCUGCUUCAGAGGGCAAACCAUCAAACUUCUUAAGGGACGAUUUAACCCUCAGAUGAGUGAGAAAGAAGCGGCAGCAUUCAUAAUAAAAAUCAUCCAGAGUUGCUUCCUCAGCAGCAGGAGCAAAACGUACGACAUGCUGCAGUAUUACCAGAACCAGAUUCCCUACUGAAGGCCGCCUUGCAGAACUCUGCUCCCGCUGAGUGACUCCACGGCCCUCCGUAGGACGACUGUAACCCAGGACCUGACCUGCUGGUUCUGCUCCCCCGGGUCGGGCAGCAGCGGGACGCUUUUAACCCUCCAGUUUUCCUCUGCGCACUAUAAGUUGUCUGAUUUUACAAUCAUGUCCAUGUAGGUUUGUAGGAGAAUUUCUUGUCUUCUAUUUACCAACACAGGGAUCCGAACUACCCUUUAACUUUUUCCUUGACGCUUUUGGUUAGUUUACCAGCAAACACUAAAGAUUUCCACUUGCAGAAUGAGGUCAAAAAGGGAUUCACGGCUACUGCUGGCCGUUUUCAUUGUGUCGCUGCGCUGUUACCCUCUUUAAUGCACUUUAUAGAUCGGUGUUUCAUCAGCAAUAGCUCAGUAGAAACGUUAGAGAUGAAAACAAUCCAAACAGUAUUCUAGACUAAGAAGAACACAAAUAGAUGUUGUUAUAUAGGUCAAAUAUAUAUGUAUCAUUACAGGAGUCAGUCCACAUUUAUUCUAAGAGUAGUCUGUCGUGACGUCAAGGUAUUUCAACAAUAAGUGAUUUUACAGUAGUGUGUAGCGUAGAAUAUUUCCUGUAGAGCCACAUCCAGAUUACUUGCAGUCAUUUACCUUUAAUUACUUGUUAGCAUUUAUGUUUACCAGAUGGAGCUUUUAGCCGUCACAUUGAACCUCGUUUUCAUGUUGCACAUUUUCACGUCAUUGUUACAUGGAGGCAGUUUUCCACUACUGGAGCUUAACAACCGAUAACUUGGACCUACGGGGCUCUGCUGCUACUUUCACUUUCCACUGCGUUACUAACCCGGAUGUUUCAGAGUCGAUCGAUGUAAUUUAUUAGCGUGAACUGAUGGCUAUGCAGCAGAGAGGUGUAGAGAAGGUGAAACACCUCUCCUUUCUGGGUGAUAAUCAGCUCAGAGUCACUUUACUGAUAUUAAACCCAAAUCCUCAGAUCAGGUUUCCUGGCCGAUACCGAUUCCGAUUUUUAAAUUUUUUUUCAGACUAACGCUUAAAAUGUGCUGCCAGAUCUUUCAUAGAGAUCGUUGAGGUAUUGAAACCAACAGAAACGAAGGAAUUACAUUGUCGUUGCAGCUUUGUAAGUGAACUCAAAGCAAAGUGCUGCAAAGUAGAUGCUGUUGGUUGAUGGGUUUCAAGACUGGAAAUGAUACGAGUUCUUAGUUUUGUUGCAUCUACUGAAUCAGAAAGAAAUUGAGAUUGUUUCUUAUUUGAGCUGCUGAUCACCCCUGAAAAGCCGACCUUGAGAAAGUUGUCCAAUUCUGGUCUCUGACCAAUUGAUAAGUGCAUCUCCUGUGAACAUGAACCCCUGUGGGGGAUUGCAGAUAUUUGUUCUAACUUCAGCAAUUGUUCCACUCAGCUCUAGCGUCCAGAACAUAGGGCCUUUUACAUUUUAUGAAAAAUAUUUAGAACAUGGGUAAUAGUGGUUUUAAAUUGUGCAAAACUUAGGGAUAAAGAGACGUUUGUCAUGCAAAGAAUGAGCAGCAUGAUGCUUUUAAAUGGGCAUAGUUUAGGUUUACAAAAGUACAUUUUAGAAACUUAUUGUGACGUCAUUAGAAAUGCAGCACUUUCGCUUAAGUAUAUUAUUAGUACUACUAGUAGUAGUUUAAUUCUAAGUGCGUUGUUGUAAAUGUGAAGUUACUAGUGAAAUAUCACAAAAAAUGGGGGAAUCUGAGUCACAUUGAAGGGUAGGAGCAAUCCUUUAGGUUAAAGCUAUUACUUCUUUCUAGAGACUACCAUUAAAUAGUGUUGCCUACAGGGUCGAUAAAUAAAUAAAUGUUUCAGCAACAGUUCCAUAACUCUUCAACUAAACAAUACAGUUUUUCAGAGGUAAAAAUUGUUAAAAAAUACGGAAACUUGGUUGGAAAGCCGCCUAAGGCGAGCAUAAAGGGAUCCAGAGAGACUUUACGCAUGAGAUACUACCUUCAAAAUGUCCAUUUAACAUAUGUAUAACGUAAAAUGGGCUUUUUAUCCUUGUGUGCUGCUACACUUGGAUAAAUCAGUAAAGUGAAAUCCUCCCACCUCUCUGAUGCAGCUACUACCAGCAGCUUUCGUUCUUUAGGGAAGCAGCAGGUGGGGCUGCAUUUUGGACGCAGACCAAAGACCUUGAACUGGACAUCACUGCCCCGUCUUUAAAUGAAAAAGCUCCAAGCCUGCGUGUUUUUAAAAAACUAAAUGCAAUGAUUCCCUGUGAUUUUUAGCCAGUUUCCUUUUUGGGAAAUGAAGAAUAAAGAAUAAACAGAAAGAAAAUACGCGUAUUUUUGGAUUUACAGACAACUAUGAAUAAUGUGCUGGUUUAUUGCUUCCAUGUCUCUCAUACAGUGAGUUAGAGCAACGUUUCAUUUGUAACAAAAGAUCAAUGUUUUUUUAAACAUAUUUGGUAUUUUUUGUUUAAUUAGAAGUAGGAAGCAUCCGUUUCCAAUCACAGUCUGCUCCAUUCAAAUCAGAGACUAUUCUGUAGGACUUUCUCCAGUGUUGGCCAAAAAGCGACCGGGGAGAUGGCGAGCUGCAAAUGGACCACAUACUGAUUCAGGACACUGAAGCACAUUUUCUCCCAACGCUGUUUGUGAAACAAUCAAGUUCCUACAGUUGUCAUGUUUAAGCCGUUUUCCUUCCGUCAGCAGACACACCCUGAGCCCACAUUCAAAAUAUAAGAGCUGCAGGAUGGAGAACAGAUCAAUAAAAAAAGCACAAGUUCUAGCUGCGGAAAGCCUCAACGUUUAGGAAACAGACGAUAUUUAGGAUCAUUGUGCUUGUGCCCCUUUGCAGCUUUUUAUUAUUUUCUGGUUUGCCCUCCUUAAAUUAUUGAUAUUUUAAAGUUUUAUCAUGCAGCUCUUAUAAUUUAUUUUCUCUGCUCCGUUACUUUUAAAUAACGCUUAAAAGGUUUCGGUUAAGGUCAUUUUUUUCCUUCCCUUCCCUCGCUGGCUCAACUUUUAAAGCUCUAUCUCUGCGUUUACUACCCGUCCAGUGAAGCCGGUCAGAAUCGCGGUUUGAAGUGCGUGUGCUGUUUCGAAACAUUCCUCGUAAUCAUCAUGCGUCUUUACGUUGAACCAAAACCCCUUGAAGACCGAGAUGAAGACGACGAGAAACACCCGAUACAAGCCAUUUAUCCUACCCUCGGUAGAAACAGCUGUAGAAAUACUUGACAAGCAAAAGACUAAAUUUAUGCAAUCUAUUUCUGUGUAUUGAUGCUGUAUGUGAGUGCUGUAUUGUCUCCCUCCGUGGCAUUGUUGGGUGUGAGAGAGAGAAAGUUUACUGCUAAAGCUGUCUUCCUGUCGUUGCUGUGUUUGUAACUCCGACUGAAGCGUUCGCCUCUGCUGUGACCAGAGAGAUAUUUUUUAUCUGUAAAGGACAUCCGUCACGUCUUCAAGAUGUGUCCGAACACUUGUACGUGUGUGUGUAAGGCUAUCUUUAUGAGGACCAGCUGAGUUUUAAGGCGUUUAGAGGGAGAACGUUGAAUGCCUCUGACUCCGAUCAGAGUCGCAUGGAAACCAUCCAACUGUGUUUUUUUUUUUAUUCUUAAUGUAGUCACUCUGAAACAUGUUACUGACCUCUACAUCUGAUGGCACUACCUACAACUCUGUGUCACACCAAGAGAUGCAAUAAGACUCAGUUUUAAGUCAAUACGUCUAAAAUGCAUUUGAAAAUGUCCUUAUGAAGAUAUCUGUACAGACAUCAGUGUGUGUUUGUUCUGCUCGGUUUAUGCAUCAUUGCACCUUUUAGAUGGUCUGCUUACUGAAAACCUAUACUUCUGCAAUAAAUGUGAACAUUUUCA